CCAAAGCGCUAGAAGGACAUUUUCGAAACCUAUCAGUUUUCACACAACUUGCGUUUUCAAGGUCACACAAAGCUUUGAAGUUUCAACUGGAACUCAGUGAUCAUGUUGCGAAAAAAGUUGGUUCUUCUUACUUUGUUGAUUGUGGGGAUGGAUUUGCUGUUUUGUACAGAUAAUGCAACUGCGUGGAGACGUCGACGGCGUCGAUCCCCGCCUCCACCGCCACCGCCACCGCCACCGCCACCGCCACCUCCGCCGCAGCCUUGCAACUCAUUUCUUCCGUCGUUAACGAUUGGGGGCCAAGCAAAGAGAUGGUCCAACGCAUGGCAGCAGUCAUUCCGCGCGUAUUGCCCUAACAGCUAUUCAAUGUUCUGGUGGAUUAGUGUUUUCCGAAAAUGUCAGAAGGAUCGCAUUCAUCAUUUCCGCUGUAACCUUGCUCCUGCUAUUUACCGCGCAAGCGAAGACUGCGUCUGGUCUGGUUUUUUUCCGAACGGAAAGACAGGUUCCUCCGAUUUUUUCUUCACGUGUGAGUCGCAUGGAUUUAUCACUGGAAUUGUGAGCUAUUUCAAUACGGUCACUAAAGAUCGCAGAGUAAAAUUCCGUUGCUGUCACGUGGAGGGCUACAAACGUCGAUUCUGCAAGACCACGGGGUACAAAAACGUGUACAGAGGACUUUUGAACUAUAGAGCUCAUUCGGGUUACACCGUAGUUGGUGUGGUCAGUGAUCACAGCUCGAGUUACAGUGAUCGUCGCUUGAAGUUUCGUAUCUGUAAAAUUAAAUCAAGCAUGGCGUGGAAAAAGAAAUGAAAGACUUCAGACGGAUAAGAAACAGCAUCAGAAGGGAUCAAGCGCAGGGCAUUUUAAAAUAGAUAUGAUUUAUAAGGUUUUUUUUUUUAUAAGCCAAUGAAAUAAAAAUAGUUCUCUUGUCGGCCGAAACAGAGGGAGAUAAAAUCAUCACACGAACUUCUUCAGGUACAGAGGGUAUAGACGUGAGCUCCUAGAAAUCAGACUUAUUAUAUCAGAGGUUCCUUUAUAAGGUUUGGCUCUUUAAGUUACUCUUGAGCGCCGCUAAGGAAAAGGAAAGAAUGUCGUCGGUGUUCGAUUAGGAAUAUCACUGUGCCGGCUUUAGGAGUAUUUUCAUUAGAUGGUCUUCAUCGAUUUGAUCUGAUAACUAAUGGUAAAUGUAAGGUGAGCUAAGCUUUGAGUUUCGUAAUAAACACUUGCUAAUAUCUUCGAAGUUUCUGAUUCUACGUUUUUGGUGCAUCUCUUACCUGGGUUUGGCAGAAAGAAAGGGAGGUUUAUACCGAAUGAAAGUCUACACGCUAUUAUAUACUCUUGAGCGCGGCUAAGGAAAAGGAAAGAAUGUCGUAGGUUUGCGAUUAGGAAUAUCACUGUGCCGGCUUUAGAAGUAUUUUCAUUAGAUUGUCUUCAUCGAUUUGAUUUAAUAACUGAGGGUAAAUGUAAGGUGAGCUAAGCUUCGAGUUUCGUAAUAAAAACUUGCUAAUACCUUCGAA